AUGAAACUAUCUUUAAACUUAUAUUAUUGUUUCCAUUAUUUUGCAUUAAUGUAUGUAUUUACCAAUAGCUUUUUGACAUAUAAUUCAUUUAUUAAUAUAAAUUUAUUUUUAUUUGAUACAAAUUUAGAAUGCAUAAACAUUAUAAAGACUGGCAUCCCAGUUUUUGUAAAACAGGACCUGUUAUUAAAUAGGAAAUUAUUUUCAAAUUAUGAUAAUUUGGAUAUUAACGAUAAUACAGGUAAUUCAGAAAAUGAAAUACCAACAACUCAUAUAAAUAUUCGAAAAGAAACAGAAAACUAUAAUAUUAAUUGUAAAAAUAUAAAUGAUGAAAAGUGUAUAAUACAUGCAGAGGGAAACCAAUGUAUAAAAAAAAAUAAUAAUUGUAUUACUACACUAAAUAAAUUAAAAAAUGAUAAAACUCAGAAUGAACAAACAGAAAUAUCAGAUAAUAAAAUCAUUGGCACUGAUAUUACACAAAUAAAAGAAUAUGGUGAUUCAGACAAAAAUCUUAUAAAAGAAAAAAAUGAGGAAACAAUUAUGAAAAAAAACGACGAAAAUGUAGAAAUGUGCAAAAUAAAUAAUAAUGAAAAUUCAGGAAUAGAACUAGAUAUGAAUAAAAACAUAGUUGAUGUAAGAUUAAAUGAAAAUGAAGAAAAUUGUGAAAAUGUAUCGACUCAGAAAUGCACACAAAUUGAUGAUGAAAUGUUGAAAAUGAUGGAUACAAAAAAUAUUCUAGUCAUAAUAAACGAAGAUGAAAAUAAAAAUUCUUAUGAAGAAGACGAUGAAGAAGAAGAUGAUGAUGAAUUAAUAAAUAAACAUUUAAAUGAAGUAAAAAAUAUUAUAUAUGAACUAAGUUUCAGAAACUAUGAACAAAAUAAACCCAUAAAUAGUAGCGACUCUGAUAUAACCGAUGAUACAUCUAAUAAUUUGGAUGAUUUGGAUGAAAAUGAAUAUGAAUUUGUGGAUGGUGUAUGCGAAUUAGAUGAUAUAAACAACAUGCAUGUAAAAUAUAAAAAUGAUUUAGAAAAAUAUCGUAGUAAAUUAAAAGAGAACAAAUUAGAUGAAUAUUAUAACGAUAUAAUUAAAAGUCGUAAUUUAAUAAAUAUAAAUUAUGAAAAUGAAUAUAUGCUAAAAAUGAAAUAUCAUAAGGAUUAUAAUUUCCCUUUACAUAAUUUACAUAUAGUAAAUGAUAAAUAUAUAAAAAAUAAAUUAUAUAAAAAUUUUGUUUUACUUAAUGGUGAUAAUGAUAAUUUAAGCUUUCAAGAGAUAAAUUAUUAUGCAGAUUUAAGUAAAAUAGACAUUUGCCCAACCAUGUUUAAAGAUUUUUAUUUAAAGUUUAGUUUAUGUAAUGGUAAAUAUUUACCAUUGGGUAGUAGUUUUGUUGAAAGGGUAUGUUUUUUAUCAUAUCAUUUAAAACAAAAUCCACAUUUGAAUAAAAUAAAGGUUACAAAAGGUAAAUUUAUUUUAUAUCAUUUAUUUUUAAAUGUAGUAAAAGCCUUUAAAAUAUUAUCAAUAAAUAAAUGUGUUAAACAUAUAAAAGAAUCCAAUUUAUUAUAUAUUAUAUUUAUUUUAAAUGAAGAAAUAAUAAAAGAAUCCGAAAACGAAGUUAAUAUAGGUAAGUGUCUAAAUAACAUAAUACAAAGAAAUAAAGAGUGGUAUGAAAUAUUAAAUUUUACAUUUACGAUUAUGUUUGGAUGUUCUAGUUAUUUAAAGGAGCAUUAUUAUUUAACGGAAGAAGAGAAAAAUAAUAUAUUUUUUAAAGACAAUAUAUUAGAUUUACCAAUAUUCGAGUACUUUAAUAAAAAUAUAAUUGAUAUAUUUGUUCCUAGAAAUAUAGACCCUAAAAUAAACAUUGACUUAUUUAAAGAUAUUUCAAAUACUUCUGGUAAAAAUUUAAAAUUAUAUCAAACAUGGUAUUUCUGCUAUUUAUUUAUACAUAAAGUAUAUUUAUUAAAUAAAAUGUGGAAUAUAAUAAAAAAAUGGGAAUUUUCCAAUUUUGUACCAAAUCCUUGGUAUAUAGAUCAUAUAGGAAGUGUGUUAGUUCCACAUAUAAUUAGUUUACGUCAUAUUCAACAAAAUGAUAAAAAAUUUUUUAGAUAUAUUGAUGAAUUACAAAUGUUUGUAUGUUUUAAAAGAAGUAAAAAAUAUUCUAUUCCUAAUUAUGAUAAAAAUGAAUAUCAUUUAGUAGAACAUAUUGUUGCUUUUCAAGGGACAUCAAGCCCAUUUAUUUGGCUAUUUAAUUUAAUAUAUGAAUUAACUCCUUAUCCGUUUUUAACCAAAGGGAAAGUACAUAAAGCAUAUUUAUACAUUUUUAAAAAAGCUGUUAAACCAUAUUUGCAUAUUUUAAAAAAAAAAAUUUUAAAUGAAAUAAAAAAUACCAAAUCUAAAUAUUCAAAGGAAAACCCUUAUGUUAUAAUUUUUACUGGCCAUUCUUUUGGUGCAUCAAUGGCUAAUAUGAGUUCUCUUUAUUUGGAAAAUAUAUUGCGUGAACAAGGCGUAAAGACAAAAGGUAAUAAUAAUAAUAAUGAUGAUAUUGGAAAUAAUGAUAAUGACCAUAGCGUGUAUGUAAAAAUAUACUCUAUAACUUUCGGAAUGCCAAUAUUUUAUGAUGAUAAAUAUUUUGAGGACUUUGAAAAAAGUGCAGUUAUAAGUAAUAACAUAAAUGUAGAUUAUGAUCCGAUACCCGUAGCUAUGGCUAUUCCAACAUUAAAUGGUUUUCGUGAUCCUGAAGAAAAUAAAAAAUUCAAUAUAAUUUUCAAGGUAGAAGAUUUAAAAAAAUUAAAUUACGAUUUUGGUAACAUUAUUUUUGAUGGUGAUGAGCUUUUUAAUAAUGAAAAAAAUAAACCCCGUUCUAUUAUGUUUUUAUUUAUGAAAUAUUUUUUCAAAAACAAUAUUUUUUUCGAAUUGUGUGAACAACAUAUAUACCAAACACAUUAUUUUUUUUAUUUUGUAUUUUUAACUCUCCUAUCGAGAUGGGCAAAUGAGGCUGAAUGGGGAACAUAUUUUUUAAUACCGUUUUUCAUAUUUGAUAUUUUGAGUUUUUCUCACAAAAAUGUUAUGUUUAUGUUGAAAGAAAACUAUAAAAAAUAUAAGAAAUUGGUGUUAAAAAAGACGAAAUCUAAUGAAAAACAGGAAAAAAAUCAAGUCGCUAAUUGA